AUGGCUAGCAACGGCACUGUUGCAGUGUUCAAUUCCAGUCCUUCGUUGACGAUUACUGUAGUUUUGUCUCUUCUCUAUGGUGUCAUCUCUUUGAUGUCUGUUCUUGGAAAUGCUCUCGUUAUAUUCGUAGUUUUGCGGAACAAGAAACUGAGAACGAUUACGAACUCAUUCCUAGUUAACCUAGCCAUAAGUGACAUUAUUCAAGGACUGUUCGCUACACCAUUCCAAUUCGCUCCUGCGAUUCUGUUCAGAUGGCCGUUUGGUGAUUUUAUGUGUCCAUUUGUACCGUUCGUCAAAACGCUUUCCAUAUUAGUUAGCAUUGGUACCUUGACUGUUAUAUCCGUGGACAGGUACUUUGCGGUGUGUCACCCGUUACGUAGAAGACUAACACCAUAUUCUGCGGUUAUCACCAUGAGCAUAAUAUGGAUAAAUGGUAUAUGUACAUCGAUUCCGCAGUUGCUGAACCUGCGAAUACUUGAUUAUGGGUUUCCUGACGGACGGGUGUUUUGCGCGCCAGUAUGGUCGAGUGAAAAAAGUCGAAAUAUUUAUCAUCUGUAUAUCUUUGUCACGUCUUAUGCUGUGCCGUUAUUUGUUAUCACCGUUGCGUACAGCUUGAUUGUAAAGAAGAUGUAUUUAUCCAAAACACCAGGGGAGAGUAACAAUGCUAGAGACAAAAACAUUGCUAAGAACAAAAAGAAGGUAAUCACAAUGGGAAUGGUGUUAGUCGUUCUAUUUGCAUUGUGUUGGUUGCCGCUUCAACUGUACGAUUUCUUGAAAUACGUUACACCAGACAUUUUGAGGUACGAGCAUAUUAGCAUUAUAUGGUUUUGCAGCAACUGGCUAGCAAUGAGCAACGCUGCGUGCAAUCCCUUCGUUUAUGGAUUACUGAACGACAACUUCAAAAAAGAAUACCGAAAGGUCUUUAAACUGAACAAAAUAACACCCAGGGUUGGUCCAGUCCCAAUCGGAGAUGGGCCACGAGUGAUCAGCGGUAGUGAACCGAACCAACAUCUGCAGUAUUUGGCGUAUAAAGCACUGUGUGCCGUUUGCUAA